AUGGGUUACGGUGAAUAUGGUGCUGCAUCUGGUUAUUUUUCGUCACAACAACUGAAUCCCAAUAUUUGGGAAUCGAGCAAUGUCUUAUAUGAAGAAGAUGAGGCAAAUGAAGAAUGCGAGGAUGAUGGUGAGGGAAAUGAAACUCCUUCCCCCCAUCAAAACUUCACUCAAAUGUUACAGCAACCACUCCAAUCAACUCCGGAAUUUCAUGUUGGUUGUUCAAACAAUAGAAGUUGGUCGCGAUCAGAAACUGCGGCUCUUAUAUCCGCCUACAUGAACACCAACACCAACAUAAUUAUCGGCACAAAUCAAAAGAAGGGUCAAUUUUGGAACAGAGUCUUGGACGCAUACGAUGCUGCCAGGGUAUCGAAUCCAGUUGAAAUAUCCCUACGAACUAUUAGUAGUUUGAAGGGAAGGUGGAUGCGAAUCUCUGAAGCCGUGUUAAAGUGGUGCGGAAGCUAUGAUAAGGCCCGGAAGCGAAUGGGAAGUGGCUAUAACGAAGAUGAUGUUAUCCAAGAGGCCCACAAAAUCCAUGAGAACUCGUUCGGACGAUUCACCUUCUACGAGGAAUGGACAAAUUCCGAUCUUUCUUGGACCAACAAACAUUCAAGCCUUCGGUGGGACGUCCACAUUCAACUCCACUGA